AAUGUAGUAUAGAUGAUGAAUGUAGAUGUAAUGAUUAACCUAUUUUUACAAGAAGGUAAAAGGUGAAAUGUUUCAUUGCCUAUAUGUCGAGAAAGUUAUUGCGAGAAAAUGACUAGAGCAUGACUUGUUAAGUUGCUGAGUAAUGGCCGUCCCUGGAACGUUUUGGUUUUACUGACCGUAGACGGGCGACUUAGUCUCUGCAGCGUUCAUUUGCAAAAUGGCUGACCACAAGGAAAGGGAUUCAUAUUAUUCGCAAACGGAUUUACGAUCGAAAAAUGAUGAUCCACCGAAUUCACGUUUAUUCGUUAUAUGCCACAAAAGUUUAGAAGAAGAUGAUCUCAGGAAAGCUUUCGAAACAUUUGGAAAAAUCGAAGAUAUUUGGGUAGUUAAAGACCGGAAUACAGGCGAAAAUAAAGGAGUUACAUACAUUAAGUUUUCGAAAACAUCAGAGGCAGCUUUUGCUCUUGAAGAAAUGAAUGGAAAAAUGUUGGGUUCAGUUGGGAGACCUAUCAAAGUAAUGAUUGCUUCGAAUCGAGAUCAGGGCUCUGUGAGAGAAACUAACGAAGAAGAAAGGUGGGUUCGUCUGUUUUGCGUAUUACCAAAGUCUAUGACAGACAAUGAACUUCAACAAGAAUUUUCCAAAUUUGGACCUAUUGAAUACGCGACUGUGGUCAAAGAUAGAAAUACAAAUGAAUCAAAAGGUUUUGGUUAUGUGAAAUUUAAAAAAGUAUCAAGUGCCGCGAGUGCAUUUGAAGAAUGCGAUAGAAAAUACAGAGCUGUAUUUGCAGAACCUAAAAAACCAAAACCUGAACACAUCGAUGUAAAAUAUAAUAAUGAACUAUCUUCUCAUUACGAUGGCAUUGGCGGAGGUUAUAGUUCAUCUAAUUUUGGAAAGAGUAGUAUUAGUUUAGAAAUUGCUACGAAUUAUCCUAAUUCUGAAGGAUAUACGCACUUGCAAGUAAUUGCUCAUCCAGCAUUAAAUCAAGAUCAAUUAUGGAAAUUGUUCGAUAUCGUACCUGGCUUAGAUUAUUGUCAUUUAAAGAAUGAUGUCAGAUAUAGAAUGCCAAGGGGUCAGGCAGUUGUAGUGUACUCAAAUCCUAGCGCAGCAGCGUAUGCAAGAGAAAAAUUUCAUGGUUUUGAAUAUCCUCCUGGUCACAGAAUGAUAGUUAAACCAGAUUUGUCUAGUGUGCCUCCAAAAAGUGUUGUAAAACCUGGAAGUUCUACUGGCGGAAUAGCUAAUGCUAGGACAGAUUUAGCUCAUUUGGCAGAAACAAUUGCUCAAGCUACAUCUUUAAUUCAAGCUGCAGGACUAACUGCACCAAGUCUAGAACAUUCAAUGUGUGAUAAGUUACCACCUGCACAACCAAUGGCUAGUAUAGACGCAGAGGUUGCUAAAAGAUGCUUCAUUGUAUGUGGGCCUCCGGUACCACCUAUAUAUGCCAUGAAGGAUGCUUUCUGCAGGUUUGGAAACCUUAUAGACGUUUAUAUGCUGCCAGGGAAAAAUUGUGGUUACGCAAAGUAUGCUAGCGUAGAAAGCGCGAAUGAAGCAAUCGAGGUUCUGCACGGACAAGAAAUUUGUGGUUCUCGACUGAAAGUGCUAGAAGCUGAAGAGCGUAACGUCGGUGAAGAUCGUAGAAAACGACUACGAAUGGAUGAAGAUGAAAAUUAAAUAUUUUUGUAUACCUCACUGACUGGUAUACACAAGCUGGACGCACGCAAUAAAAGAGACGAAUUUUAAGACUCACUUGACCACGUCGGGCCCGCAUCCAAGGAAACUACUCCAACUACCUACUUUUAACUAUCGCUUACGUUCGCGAUUUCAACGUUACUGAAACUUUAACGAUACUUUACUUUAUCCUUACAUAUCGUUACACAUACACCUGACUUCCUGAUUUUAUUAUUUUAAGAGGCCUGUGCGAAAAGUAAUCUUAAAGAUUCGAUUUAGGAAUAUGUAGAACACACAAAACUAGAUAAAUUUGAAACUUCUUCCUUUAGCAUAAAGAAGUUAUAUGACGCAAUAUACUUGAGGCGUUCACUGUUGUUAUAUUAAUAUACUACAGGUAUUAGACCAGAGGUAAGAGGAUUUCUAUAUAUCUAUACUUUUAUAUCAAAAUCAUAUUCAGAUGAAAGUUUUUCCCGCUAAAUUCUUGAAAAAAGAUAUAUCCUCUAUAGAUUACGAGAAGUGAGAAAAUUUAAAGGAGAAAACAGAAGAUGUUUCUCAAAAUUUUAUGUUCUUGUUUGCGAACAGAAAAUAGUAGUUAUUUUUUAACUGUUCGCGCAGGCUUUGAAACACAACCUGUACUUUAGAGUUAAUAAA